GGAGGGGCGGCAGGCGUCGUCGGGAAACCCUGUCCUCCUCUAGCCCGCAGCCCUUCACCUGUCUCACCCCUUCCCUUCCCCAGUCACCACCCCCCCCCCCCCCAAAGCAUUUGUGCCCCCAGCCUCUCAGCACAGCCGCUGCAUUUCCUCGGAGGCCUGAGGGCGGCGGUUGUAGCUUCGGUUCGCGUGGGAGUGGGGAGUGUGAAUUACACCACAACAUGCCAGAAUUUAGUAUACUUGCUGGUGCUUGAAAGCCUUGGGUAAAAUACGGCCGUGAUCCAUCCUGGAGUCAUGGCAGUGCCCUUUGUGGAAGACUGGGACUUGGUGCAAACCCUGGGAGAAGGUGCCUAUGGAGAAGUUCAACUUGCUGUGAAUAGAAGAACUGAAGAAGCAGUUGCAGUCAAGAUUGUAGACAUGAAACGUGCCAUAGACUGUCCAGAAAAUAUUAAGAAAGAGAUCUGUAUCAAUAAAAUGUUAAAUCAUGAGAAUGUAGUGAAAUUCUAUGGCCACAGGAGAGAAGGCAAUAUCCAGUAUCUAUUUCUGGAGUACUGUAGUGGAGGAGAACUUUUUGACAGAAUAGAGCCAGACAUAGGCAUGCCUGAACAAGAUGCUCAAAGGUUCUUCCAUCAACUCAUGGCAGGGGUGGUUUAUCUACAUGGUAUUGGGAUAACUCACAGGGAUAUUAAGCCAGAAAAUCUCCUAUUGGAUGAAAGGGAUAACCUCAAGAUCUCUGACUUUGGCUUGGCAACAGUGUUUCGGCAUAAUAAUCGUGAGCGUUUAUUGAACAAGAUGUGUGGCACUUUACCUUAUGUUGCUCCAGAACUUCUAAAGAGAAAAGAAUUUCAUGCAGAACCAGUUGAUGUUUGGUCCUGUGGAAUAGUACUUACAGCAAUGUUGGCUGGAGAAUUGCCAUGGGACCAGCCCAGUGACAGUUGUCAGGAAUAUUCUGAUUGGAAAGAAAAAAAAACAUACCUCAACCCUUGGAAAAAAAUUGACUCUGCUCCUCUAGCUUUGCUGCAUAAAAUCCUAGUUGAGAAUCCAUCAGUAAGGAUUACCAUUCCAGACAUCAAAAAAGAUAGAUGGUACAACAAACCUCUCAAGAAAGGGGCAAAGAGGCCCCGAGUCACUUCAGGUGGUAUAUCAGAGUCUCCUAGUGGAUUUUCUAAGCACAUUCAAUCCAAUUUGGACUUCUCUCCAGUGAACAGUGCUUCUAGUGAAGAAAAUGUGAAGUACUCCAGUUCCCAACCAGAACCACGGACAGGUCUUUCCUUAUGGGACACCAGUCCUUCAUAUAUUGAUAAACUGGUACAAGGGAUCAGUUUUUCCCAGCCCACAUGUCCUGAUCAUAUGCUCCUGAAUAGUCAGUUACUUGGCACCCCAGGAUCCUCACAGAACCCUUGGCAGCGCUUGGUUAAAAGAAUGACACGGUUUUUUACCAAAUUGGACGCAGACAAAUCUUACCAAUGCCUGAAAGAGACUUGUGAGAAACUGGGCUAUCAAUGGAAAAAGAGCUGUAUGAAUCAGGUUACUGUAUCAACAACUGAUAGGAGAAACAAUAAACUGAUUUUCAAAGUGAAUUUGGUAGAAAUGGAUGAGAAGAUCUUGGUUGACUUUCGGCUAUCUAAGGGUGACGGAUUGGAAUUCAAGAGACACUUCCUGAAGAUUAAAGGGAAACUGAGUGAUGUUGUGAGUAGCCAGAAGGUUUGGCUUCCUGCCACAUGAGAGAUCCAUUGGAUUCCUGGUGAAUAUAGUGCUGCUAUGUUGACAUUAUUCUUCCUAGAGAAGAUUAUCCUAUUCUGCAAACUGCAAACAUUAGUCCCUGAAGAGUUGUCUUCCCUCUAGCCAAACAUUUUCCAUUUCUUUUUGUAUGUCCUGCAUACAAACAAUACCUGUAUCUUCACUGUAACUAAAGAUUUGGGGAACGAAUGGAUAGAAUUCAUUAGAUAUUUCUUCAUCUUGUGUUUAGUGUCUACAUGUGAUGGAAACCAUACUUUGGGAAUACAUGAGCUUACCAGCUUUUAUACCAAUGUAACGAAAGAUGAUAUUCUUGCCGCAUUGUUAACAAAACAUUUGGUUUCAUCCAAAAAGUACAUGUUUCCUUCAUGUUGAUUUAGUUAUAUGGAUGGAUUUGUAAUAAAAGCAAUCCCUGUAACUUUUGGACAGUAGAUUUAUCAGCCUAUAAAGUGAAACCAACUUCAAAAAAUAUAUCCUCAAGAUUUGUACUUCUGUUUUCACAAGGGCAUGACCAAGUAUAUAAAUCUGUUUUUGAAUUAUAACUGUUAAUUAAAAUUGCAAGUAGGUAUGUUUUUUUCCAGUGUGGUUAAUAAUAUAUAUAAUACUGGUCGGUCUUUCAAGUAGAAGUUGAGCAUAAACUCUAAUGCUUAACUACCUUUACUCUAAAAUUACUAUUGCACAUUUUAAAUAUUUUUCUAUAUUAUUUUCUACUUUCACAGCCAUAUUUUAAUUCUUUAUUAAAGAAAUAAAUUUUAUUUUGAAAAUGAA